UUCUGUUAAUGAACACCAGUUAGAUUUCAAGUUUUUGAUUUGAUAAAAACGACCUAUAUUUCAGUGUUCGGUUUGUAUGAACACCGCCUAAAUUGGCGUGUUGCACCGUUGGCACAUACAUUGUACCAGUGUGAUUCAAUUAACAUACCACAACGUUAUCGGGCUUAAAGGGAUAUGCAAAUUCAACUAAUCGAUUGAUCGAACAUGGACUUUAAAUUUUGAAGGGUAUAGAUCUUUACAAGUAGCAUGUUUUGAAAACGAAAGAGGAAGAUUGCCGAUAUUUCAAUACUGAUUCGAAGUAAAAUUACUCCAUUAGUGGAAUUUUGGGUGUAUCAUUUGAUCACGAUGACGAACCCCUGUAAUGAACUGAGGAAAUCAUGGCUAACCUAGAGGGAAGAGAGCUCGGAGACUGCGUCCUUGUUCAGUAUGUGGACAAGGGAAGCUUUGGGUAUGUGUACACGGCACGGCUGAAGGAUACAGAGGCUGGGAAGACCGGAUAUAGGAAUGAAAUCUACGCUGCUAAAAUUUUAAGCCUAGAUAAUGCCACAGACCGACACAGAGAACUUGUUAAAAGAGAAAUCGACAUUCUAAAGCCACUGAACCACCCCAAUAUAGUACAGUACAAAUACCAUGUAGUGGUGGACAAGACGGCGUGCUUAGUGAUGGAGUACUGCAGCGGGGGAACUCUGUACCAACACAUACGGGAUCUCAAAAGAGACAGCAAAGUCAUGGGCGAGAAGGAGUUCCUCCUCACCCUGACACAGAUCUCCAAAGGAGUAGAGUUUCUUCAUGACAGUAGCAUUAUACACCGUGAUCUGAAGACCAAAAACAUGCUGUACACGGACGAUAAAAAAGUUAUCAAAAUUGGAGACUUCGGGGUAGCAAGGCUUACUGAUAUUAGCUCAAAGAAAUCCGUGCUGGUGGGAACGCCAUAUUAUCUCAGCCCCGAGAUUCUCGAGGAAAAGCCAUAUGACGAAAAAACAGACAUUUGGAGCCUAGGAUGCACGUGUUACGAAAUGGCGACUGGAAGUUAUGCAUUUUAUUUUGAUACCAUGGAGACUUUAAAAGAAGCUGUAUGCAGAGGAAAGCUUCCGGAGAGCCCCUCUAUCUCGUACAAUGACGACAUACAGAACAUGAUCAAACAGAUGAUGUCCAAAAUAAGCGCUGAUCGUCCAACCAUCAAACAGAUCCUCAAGUUUCUGCAAGAACCACACACAUACAAACCCAGGACAAGAAAAUAUGACCCCGGUGGCCAGAGAAUUGAAAGAAGUCCCUCAGUGGAUUCAAACAAAUAUGUUUACCCAGGCAUGGACGAAAAAACGAAAAAGAGUAACAGGAAAUUCUGGGAGAAGGAGUCUGAAAGACUUCAAAAGACAUUGAUUAAAAAUCUUGACCAUUACCAAGCUCCUGAGAUUCUCGUGAAAAUUAAGAAAAUGCAAAGAAAAGGAGUCGAGAAAAAAGAAAUUAAGAGGGAGUUCAUACGACUUGUCGGUGACGUUACGUGUGCCAAACUCUUUCCUCUGGUGGAUGCAAUGGAUUGCCUAGAAAGGGGCAUUAGGGAGUUCGAGGGACCCCGGGAUCUGGACCUUUCUUUUACCGGAACCUUCAAUAUUACCCCAAAGGACAACUAGCUCUAAAUUUUUACUACUUAUUCAAAAAGUAUAUUUAGAGCGAUGCAUUUGAAUACCCUAUUUGUUGUUAAUCUGCACGCGAAUCUCAGUCAGACCACUGACUUGUGUUUUUUGUCAUCCAUUGGAAACUGCAUUUUUUCAACCAUACUUCUUAUCACGGUGACUUUAUAAAUAUCAACUUGACUCCCAAAGAUGUGUAUAGUCCAUUUGGUUUUAAGAAAAAUAUCGGUGGCGAUCCAAAGCUGAGUUCUAUACACACAGCACUAACAUUAACCCCUGAAUAUAUAUAUAUGUAUAACUUAUUGAUAUUAGAGAUGUCAUAUCUUAAUUAUGGUUUACAAGCUUAGGUUCCCCGAGAACCACAAAACAUGAUAUUCCGAGAUGCAGGGCCCAUGUCGGGUGUGACCGGUCGACAGGUGAUGCUUACUCCUCCUAGGCACCUGAUAUCACACCUCUUGUAUAUCCAGGGGUCCGUGCUUAUCAUAUCCUUAAUUUUGUAUUCCUUUUAGGAGUUAUAAAAUUGAUAAGUGUUCGAUAUCUUCACCUUUUCAUUAGCUAUUGUACCUGUAUAGAUAAAUCCUCAUUCUUAAUUAAUGCAUGCAUGAAGUCAAUGAUAUAUAUGUAUCUACAAACAUAAAAAAGGCUAACAGUUACAGUUAUUGUCGUCAAGGUGGACUAUAUACUAGCUUAAAGAAAAUUGUGAGGGGUGUAAACUCAUGUGUAAACUCUCAUUUGUAUGAGAAAGUACUGAAUCGGAUACAAUCAGGGUAUCACUGUUUAGUUGUUUUUUUUAAUUAAAAAGGUGGCUUAGAAAACUAACAAUUUUAAAAAUAGAAUAGUAUAGAUGUACAGCGAAUUAUUUCUGGAUUCGAACGCGCUCAAGCGUAAAGCCAUUGGAUAUUCAGGGAGCAUAUUCAAAUGUCUUGAGUCAUGUAGGGGUAGAUCAAUUUAAUUGUUCAAACAAUAACUGUAUCACUGUAUCCUUUUAAGACUAUUGUACGUAUCUGUACAUGUAACUUCCUGCAAAUCUCAUCAUUGAAGAAUAUAUAGCGAGGACUGUAUUUGCCCCAAAACAUUUAAUUUGGUCACUUCUUUCCUCUGGAAAAUAUCUGUCCAUCGCAAAAUCUGAAACAAGCCUGAUUGAUUACUUAUUCAUUAAUACCCAGAAACGAAAAGCGCCAAGAAAUUUUUCUCGAUGAAGAAAAUAACACUGGGACAAAUUAUUUUUUUUUCUCAUUUAGAAAAUUGUUUGCAUCACAAUCCCAACCUUCUCAAUUUUCAAAUACAACUGUACAUGUAUCUACAUGUAUACAAAAUUAAAAUGGUCCUUAUAUAUUCAAGACCGACGGUUUGUAAAUCAUCAACAAUAAGUUCGUAUACAUUGCAUUCAUUUACCGAGUGUACGUCUGCCAUGACAUUCUGUAUAUGUCAUAAAGUGGAAAACAAUUGAUGGAGGCUCUUGCAUGUCAUUUAUACACCAUGUCACGUGUUCAUUGCAGUGUUUCUAUUGAAAAUUACAACAAUAAAACAUCAAAAGUGUAAUACUGAGAAAACAUUAAUAAAAUGUUUCAUGGGACAUCACGCCGGCUUUAUCAGGAAAUUAUCUCUAAGGUAUUUGCAUAAACAGUAGAAUGUAUUACGUUUAUUUUUUGCAGACGUUUCUAUUUGUACUUUCAGUACUUUGAUUUUUCGCAUAUUUGGACCUCCAAUGUAGCAUAUCCUGGUUCAUUUUAGGACAUACAAAAUGUAAUUCAAACAUAUACAAAGAUUGAUUAUGCUUUGGACAUUGGUGCUUUUUGGAGCACGUGUCCACAUUCUUCUGUGAUUCCACUCUACUUUGUCCUCACACACUUCCAUGUAAAUAUACGGGCCUCUACUAUUUCCCACAUACUUCCAUGUAAAUAUACGGGACUCUUCUAUUUCCCAACAUACUUCCAUCUAAAUAUACGGGCCUCUGAUAUUGUCCACAUAUACGAGCCUCUACCACGAAUUCACUCUCUUUUUAAUCUACAUCAGGAUUGCUUUUAUGAUUUUAACAAGUCUGCAAACACAGUUUUUGCCACUGUCAUAAUAUUGUAUAUAUAUAUGUACAAUAAAUUAUUUCGAAAUUUACAAUUCCA